AUGAGUCAAGCCAUUUCAGCUCAGCACCGGACUUAUAGAUCUUCUCCAGCUCACUUGAAGUGGAAGCAUCAUCUCUACAAGAACCUGAAACUUAAGCCUACCCUGUUUGUGGACCAUAAGUGCGUAACCAAUCAGCUUUUGGGUCGAGUUAAUGCCACUACUCGAUCGAGCAUUGAGGAUCGAGUUUCUCCAGCAACAUCCACAGUUUCAAUGGUGUCAAGGUUGAUUUAUACCAAUUCAGGAAAUGCCAUAUUGGCUCUAUAUGCCAAUUCUGUACACAAUCUCUCGAAAUGGCCAAAAAUUGACGGUAACCCAACAGGGGAGGCAAGAGAAAAUACUAUGCCUAAAUUUUGGAAACCUCGUAGCAGGAUACUGAUGACCAAUCAUAUUAAUCGAAUGAAUCCUGAAGAUAGGGUGCCAUGCUUUGCCCUGUCCAAGAAUGAUGCUUAUGUUAUAUCGGCGUCGGGAGGGAAAAUCUCUUUAUAUAAUAUAGUUUACCUUCAAAGUCAAAGCCGAGCUCAAAGCUCAUCAGAAAAGGAUAACUGGCCUUGCCUUCUCUAA